UUAUGGCGGGAUCGCGAAAAUUAUCAAAAAUAUAUUAUAUUACGGUGCUAUUUGUGCUAUUUUUUACUUCACCUUUUGCGGAGGCUGAUCGGCUCAAUGUGCCUCGAGUUUUACUUCCAAUAUUCAAUGAUUUUCCUGUAAAUUUUACACUCGAAGUUACCGAAGGUGGCUGUUAUAAGUGGACUACAUCUCGUGAUGACGUAGUACGUUUGAUACCAAUAGAUGAGGAUUAUGACCAAUCAUGUUCUGUGAAAGUAGUAGUUCAAACAGUUACCAGAGAUCCGCAAAGAAAAACAGCUAUUGUUUUUGCAGAAGAUGUGAAUACAGGACAUUUUUUAAGAUGUGAUCUCAUAGUAGAUGUGAUAUUCUCAUUAAAUAUAGUGACCACUACAAGAGAACUUUUUAUUGAGGAAGCCCCAGAAGCAUUUGAAGUACGUGGAUAUGAUGAACAAGGAAAUGAGUUUACUACUUUAGCUGGAGUUGAAUUUGACUGGGUGAUAGGAAACAUUGACAAGAAAGGCACACAAGUCAGUAAUUUGCCAAAUAAUGUACUUCGUUUUAUGACUUUCCAAGAAUCUCCAUAUGAAACGCCACAUGAUGUAGAAGUACUUGAUGUCAUGGGUAAAACUGGAAAUGUUAUUCUGCUGGAAGGAGUAAAAACUGGAACUACAAAAGUUUCUGUGAAGCUGAUGUAUCCUGAAUAUAAACAUGUAGCUCCUGUAGAAGUGGAACUAAUUGUUGUUGCUAAUCUGAUUAUCAUACCAUCAGAUGUAACAAUAAUGCCAUUUGAUAGUUUUACCUACAGAAUAGUACAGGUACAUCAAGGACGAAUGGAAGAAAUACAUAUCCCAACAAGUCAAUACUAUCUUGAAGCUGAAAAUCCACAAAUUUUAGAAAUUAAUAAUGCCAGGGCUGGCGCUUAUGCCCUAAUAAAUGGAAAAACAAAAGUUCUUUUACAUGAUAAAAAUGUUCAUGAGGAAUAUGGCACGAUUCUACCUUCUGGCUCAGUAACUGUCAAAGAUGUAUCGUACAUAACUAUUGCUGCUUUACCUCAUAGAGGUCGUUCACUUAUUAUGGGUUACACACAUGAACUUAUUGUUGAAAUGUUUGAUAGCAAAGACCACAAAUUCUACAUUGGUGAAGGAGUUGAAGUGACUAUGAAAAUCAAUGAUGUUUACUUUGAUAAGAAAUUAACUACACCAAAUGGAACUCAUGUAGUUGCAAUACCAAUAUUCACAGGAACAACUACUGUAGAAGCUACUCUCCAUGGAGUUAUCAACAAAAAAGGAAAAAAAAUUCCUAUUGUUCCAGAACUUUAUACAAGAGCCGAAUUUGUUAUUCAUUCACCAGUUAGUGUAUCGCCGAAAAUUCUAGCUUUGCCAUGGGAUCCUAAAGUCAAAACGAGGUACGACGUCGCUUUAAAAGCUAGUGGUGGUGACGGAUCAUAUAGUUGGAGUAGUCGUCAACCAUCAGUAGUAAGUGUUUCCCAAAAUGGAGCUUUGAAAAUACUGCAAAAAGGAACAGCAGAUAUAACAGUAUCACUAGUUCGAAAUGUUCACAAUAGAGACUCCGCCAAGGUCCACGUUUUAGUACCAUCGAAGUUAGAAAUUAUUCAAUAUCACAUGGAAGCAGCUGUAGGAGAAAUUAUCUAUCUGCAUAUCGUUUUGUACGGUGAAUUAUAUGAUGGAUAUGAAACUCGUUUAAUUCCUUUUAACGAUUGUCAAGAUCUCUCUUUCGAAGUGGACAUUCCUGGCGGAAAUUUUGUUGAAACUGAUAGUGAUUCUAUUGAGCCAGUCAGUAUUGCUUGUGCUACAGUUGCAAUUGUUAGUCAAGAGGUUGGAGUAUCAAAAGUCUCUGUCACCUAUGGGCGAAAUCUUACCGACAAUGUAACAGUCUCUGCUUAUGAACCACUUGUCGUAGUUCAUCCUAUUAAAGCGGAAACUCUCUUGGCAGUUGGCUCAUCACGAAACAUCAUCUUUAAAGGAGGACCACGGCCUUGGGUUGAUUCAACUUAUGGUUACCAAAGAGAAGCUCACGUUACUGACAACAACAUAAUUGAAGUGUCAGAGUUUGAGCCGAAUUACGAAGAUGAAAUUUCCGUAUUUAAAGUUUUAUGUAAAUCGCUUGGAGAAGCACGAUUGACGUUCACCGUAUACAACGAGCCAAUAUUCCCAUCAUGCAAAGGUGGAGAAGCAGUUGCUCACGUGAGAGUUAUCUGCGCUAAACCUCGUUACAUCUACCUACAACCAGAAUUCAAAGACGGAGAGAAUUGUCCCGUGAGUCACGAUACUGAGAGAAUAGUUGCCCACAGUGAAGAGGCUUUGCGAUUACUUGUAAUUGUUAAAGACGAAGAUGGUCGUCGUUUUGAUAACAUUACAAGUUUAAGUAUUGAUUGGAACAUCAAACCAUCUACUAGCGCUGCCGUUGAAAUUUUGAUCGGUAGUUUGGAGGAGACGUUCACUCAUUAUGAAAUUCCAUUGCCGAAAAAUCAUUAUCAACAGGUCACCCCAAAAAAGUACACUGAUUCUCUGACUUUAAAAGCCAAAGUAUCUGGCUAUCUUAAAAAUGUUCUUUUACGGUAUAAAAUAACACCGGAAUACCCACCAUUUCCCGUUGAAAGCGAUAAGGGAUCUUUAUCGACUCCGUCAAUCGAAGCCAGUGUCAACAUUUUCCUAGUUAAUGAUACCUCGAUCUACCCUCAAAGACUGAAAAUUCUUAACGAUCCCAACAGCAAAUACUAUCUUCAAGUCAGCCAAGGUUCAGGCUUCUAUGAUCUAAUUCUUAGCAAUGAUGAAGUGGCCGAUGUUCGCUAUGUUGAAGCUACAAGAACAAUAAGUGUAAUACCAAGAAAGUCUGGUACAUUAAGAAUCCAGCUUGUUGAUCUUUGCUUGUCGUCAAGACCUGCAGAAGUUGAAAUCGAAGUACAACAGCUUGCAAGUCUUGAAGUUGAAAGUGUCAAUAAAGUUGAGAAAGGAAAACAUAUCGUCGCGAAACUGAGGUUGUAUGACACUAACGGAUUCUUGAUGAUGCUACCUGCACUGGAAGCUUUGGAUGUGAAAAUUGAAACUGAGAAUGGGUAUAUCGAUGUGAAAAGAUUAUCGAGCAAGGAGCAAGGUAGUCCACCAUUCGAUAGGAUUCUUUAUAUGAUCCAUGGUUUGGAAGAAGGAGAAGCUCAACUCGUAUUCAGUAGUGGAAUAGGUACCAACGAAGUCAGAAGCGAGACAGCCAUUAUUCAAGUAUUCCCUCCACUUCAGGUCUUACCGAAGAAUUUAACUACUCUCGUUGGCACGAUCUACCAAAUCUCGACUAUUGGCGGACCCAAAAACGCUGAGAUAGAGUUUUCUACUGCGGACAAGGAUAUUCUAGAAAUUGAUAGUACUGGAGUUAUCGAAGGUAAAACUACCGGAGAAACGACCAUUUUUGCCAAGGCAGUAGGAGAAGACUCGAAAGGCAAGAAGGUGGUUUUCUCGCAAGAUCUUGCUGAAGUAAAAGUUAUUUUACUCGAAGGAAUAAAAAUCGUCGUUCCCACCGUCAGAUUAAAAGUUGGAGCUCUUAUACCUGUUUGGGCUUUUGGAAUUCCUGAUCAUCUUACUCCCUUGAUUAUUGGUUCCAUGAAAUCACCUUUAGUAUUUUCGUGGUCGACCAGCGAUUCAGAACUCAUAUCCUUGCAUAAUAUGUAUGAAGGAACAGGAAUCAAUGUUAGAUAUCAAAAUGAAGUAACAUUAAGAGCCAAAGCCAAAAAUCCUGGAGUGGCUUCCAUCAUUCUUGCUGCAACAACACCAUGUAACGUUCUUGGUGGCUGUCGAAAUCAGCCCAGUUUCAGUUCUUCAGUUAAAAUUGAAAUCUUUGAAGAGCUAAAAUUGGUGAAUAAAGAUACGUUGUCAGAGUCAUUAGUUAUUGUGAUGGCACCAAAUUCGUCAAUCAAAUUACAAACUAAUCGUGAUAAGUUUGGCAUUUCUACCUAUAAAGUAUCAUCGAGCAGUCAGUCAGGAAUUGGAGAAUCUGAUGAUCAGAAUGCUUUGACUUUUGUAUCUGAUAUUAUCACUGUGGACAAGAAUGGUUUGUUAAAGUCCGGAGAUAAUUACGGACAUGGUAUAGUCACUAUCACAAACAUCGAGGCUUAUAGUUCAAAACAAACACUAACUAUUGCAGUUUACAUUAAACCAAUUCAUUACGUGAUGCUCUCCUUAAAAUCAAAUGUUCGCAUCCGAACCGGCGAAGAAUUAACUAUGUUACCAAAAGGUAUGAGCUUGGACUACGUGCUCGAAUGCUAUGAUUCCGUGGGAUCUAAAUUUCACGCAGCUGACAUAAACUUCAAGACUUUAUCUAGCCGUACUGAUUUAGUUACCUUUACUCUCAAUGAAGAGAAUACUUUUAAUGCUAAGUUUAUUGAAAACGGAGAGCUCAUAGCUAAAAUUUACAGUGAGAAAUAUCCUAACAUGAUGUUUGACUAUGUGCACAUGAGUAUUGGAGACGUUCUUUUUCCAACAAAGAGUGUCUUAACAGUCGGAGACGUAGCCUGCUUUUCAAUGCCUCUCCUCUCAUCGGACGGCGAACUUGGCUAUUGGCAAUCUUCCGCACCUGAAGUCCUUUACGUUGACCCAAUUACAGGCAUCGGUCGAGCUAGGAGCCCUGGAAGCGCUGUAGUGAAACAUAGCAUCGCUACACAUCUGCGCGACGAAGUAGAAGUAACCGUUCACCCAAUAGCCAAACUCACACUUGUUCCUCUCAAAGGCAAGAACGUAACUGGCACCGAAGUAUUUAGCGUGCCUUUAAUACUCAAAAGCAAGCACGAAACUAUCAAGGAGAACAACAUUCUAUCAAGAGGUUUGGGUGGUUGCCGAACUCUUUCUUCCUUUGUUUUGAGUCAUUAUCCGUUCAUCUGUAUGGUGCAGUUUUCACCGCUGCACUCGUCUGUUGGUAUUAAGGAUAUGUUUUAUGCUAAACCACGAUUCGAUAUUGUAACUGGUUUCUACUACUGCGAUAUUAUCCCAAUGGGACUUCCAUCAGUCAUGACAAGUACCUUAGAAACUAGACUUAGAAUAAAUGCGUUGAGUCGUGAUAUUGAGGGAACACCUAUUGAAGUAUCAUAUCUUCCACCUAUGUAUAUUCCCACAAGGGAAAUCAUAUUCUUAAGUUCAUUAGGUCAAGAAAUACCCACUGCUACUCUAGACAUUUAUGGCCUUCCACAUGUUUUAGAUCGUAUAAUUAUUGAAACACCAGAAGAAGUCAGCAUAGGUGCUCGACAGCUUUUGACAAAGAAUCUGGCACAAUACAAGUUGACGUUAACGCAAAAUCAAGAUGAGAUCCAGGGUCGUAAGAUUAUCAUUACAAAUGAACUCACAAGACAGAAUGUUACGCUUUUGAUACGAGUACCUAAGUACGAUCAGUUCCCACGAAUUUCCGGUAUCCAUUGGGUCGAUUACAUGUACUUCCAUAGAUAUACCUUAGGAACUUUGGUUAUUCUUUCAAUUUCAUUCUUCCAUUUCUGGAAAAAUAGGAUGGCUAAUGUUGAUAUGUCGGUCAAGAACAAAAAUGUUUUUGCUGAAAAAUGUCCACCACCUUUGAAUAAGAAAAGUCCUGGAGGACCUACAAUGAAUAGCACUUCUAACCCGACGAGUCCAGGAAGUCCUGGUUCGCCGUUAAGACCGUUUUCUGCAUUCGAACCUGUCUACGGAGAUCCAAGAGGUUUUUUCACACCGAACGCUCGACGAAAUCGAACUGUGCUGUAAUUAUACACUAGAUAAUAUCAUUGAAAGUGACGAAUUUUCAGAUCUUUUACCGAUGUUUUCAAGACUAAUGCUUUUCUAAUCAAUAUUUUUUACGGGUAAUGCUCUGAAAUUUACAAGAGCGAAAAACUAAUAGUUAUUUUGUGACGUACAUAAUAUUUAUUAAGGACAGAUCAAAGUGUAUAAAGUGUAAUUAUUAUUAGUGCGUUAGCAUUUACAAGGAUAAGUAUAGUCAAUUAUUUACUAUAACGAAUCAUAUCCUAUAACUGGAUAACGUUAGUUUAAAAUUGGUAAUAAUUUUCUUACUCUCAAUAUUAUGUUUUUCCUAUAAUGUUCCUGUUUAAUUCAAUCAAUCUUUAUAUUUUGAGAAAUCUAAUCGAUUUUAUUUAAGGUUUGACAAAGUCAGUGCAUACCCGAUCCACUACAUGAAGAAAGUAAAUUUCGAAAUAUAUAUUUUUUGGACCUUCUUGUUGUCAGU